AUGGCUUGGUGUGACCGAGGGGUUCAGACUUUGCUGACCAUCGUGGGGGCUUUCGCCGCCUUCAGCCUCAUGACCAUCGCCAUCGGCACCGAUUACUGGCUUUACUCCCGGGCGUACGUCUGCAACGCCACAAAUAUCACCACGGACGAGACCCAGAUGCAAAACAAGAAAGUCAAAGGCGACUUGACGCACUCCGGGCUGUGGAGGAUCUGCUGCAUCGAAGGCAUCAACAAAGGAAGCUGCUUCCGAAUCAAUCACUUUCCAGAGGAUAACGACUACGAUACAGACAGCUCAGAGUACAUCUUACGCAUCGUGCGCGCCUCAAGCCUGUUCCCCAUUCUCAGCACCAUCCUGCUGCUGCUGGGGGGGCUGUGUGUCGGCGUUGGACGUAUCUACAGCAGCAAGAACAACAUCCUGCUCAGCGCUGGCAUCCUGUUUGUGGCCGCAGGCCUGAGCAACAUCAUCGGCAUCAUUGUCUACAUCUCCAGCAACGCCGGCGACCCCAGCGACAAGAAAGACGAGGACAAGAAGAACCAGUACAACUACGGCUGGUCCUUCUACUUCGGCGCCCUCUCCUUCAUCGUGGCCGAGUCGGUCGGCGUCCUCGCAGUCAACAUCUAUAUCGAGAAAAGCAAAGAGACGCGUUUCCGAGCCCGACGUGACUUCAUCAAGACCACCUCGUCCUCCUCACCGUACUCUCGCAUCCCAAGUUACCGCUAUCGCCGGAGACGCUCACGGUCCAGCUCAAGGUCGACGGACCCGUCCCGCGAACCUUCCCCAGUGGGGAUGAAAAUGGCAGGAGGAAGUGGAGGAGGAGGGAUGGGGUUGGGUUUGCCGAUGGGGGAUAUAUCCAUGUAUGCCCUCAGUAGGGAUCCUAUGAAGGGUGGAGGUGGGACCACAGGGCCCUACAGUCCUGAGAGGGACCCUGGGUUCUUACAAGUCCACAACUGCUUCCAGAAAGAUCUGAAAGAUGGCGUGAACAGGAGGACCACACCUGUAUGA